AUGGUCCGCUCGCUACAGCCCCUGCGCCUGCUGCGCCGGGGCGUGGGUUUCGCGUUCCGCGGCGUAGGCCUGGGCGUGCGAAAGGGCGUGGGCGGAGCCGUGAUGCUGGCCUGGCCGGCCAGGCGCAAGUCGCGGCGGGGCAAGAGGGGCGGCAAGGCCCGGUCCGGCGCGGGCGAGGAGUCGGAGGGCCUGGGGGAGUGGUCCGCCACGAUCGACAGCGGGCACUUCCCACAGAGCCUGUGCGCGUACGACAGACCGGGGCGCCAGAGGUGCCAGGCGUUGGCUACUGUGGGCUGCCGGUACUGGGGCAACUGGCUUGAUGGCCGUGGCCUGCUCAAAGUGAAGGUCUACGAGUUUGCUAUUUACAUGGACAAAGACCAGAUGAGGCAGUCAGAGCUUGGUCGUGCUCUGCGAUCCCGGGAUUCAUGCUCAGAGCUUGUCCCAGAGGACUACCAGAAGCUGCGCAGCAGCUCUGAUGUUGACAUGUCUCUCGUUUUACGAACAUCCCGCAGUCUACCAUUGAAGCUUGUGGCAAGCGAAUAUGAAAGGAUAUUGAAGAAGAGGCUAGUGACGGUGGGUGGGCAGCCAAGUGAUCCGCAGCUGAAGUACAUGCUAUCCCAUCUCGAGGACGAGAACGUCCCUCAGAAAUGCAAGUCCCGCAGUGGGCAUGUGAGGAAGGGGACGACGCUGACUUUCAAGAAAUACAAGAACGGGCACAUGAAGACUUUUGCUGGUGACGUGGAGCUGGGAUCCAUCCACAGUGCCAAGGUGUGCGCGGCCCUGUUUGAUUUGUAUCUCGGGGAGCAGCCUGUCUGCAAGGAUGCCAAAAUGCUGGCUGGGAAGCGAGUCGCAGACUUCGCACUGCGACAGGAACAACAACCGGAAGUGUCAAGGGUCGCAGCUCUGAAGGGAUGGGGCGUCAUGGGAGCGCGAGCCAGCCCAGAGGGGCCGUGCAGCAGCCAAGGACCGUGUCUGGUUCCAAGGCACAUUGGUUUCGGUUUUGGUAGCUUUCCCCAAAUCGAUUUUGGUCAUCUGAGCGGCGUGACAGAGGGGGCUUGA